ACAGUUCUCUGCACUAGUGUACAGCCAAACAUCUUGUAAAUUUUUCUCGGAAUUGUUGAAAUAAAUUUCUGUGAAGUCGAUAAAACAAGUUUUACUAAAAAAUAAUAAAUAAAAAGUUGAAAAAAAUAUAAAACUGUUUAAAAAUUACAUAAAUAUGUCACAACUCAAAGAAACAACAACAGAUAAGAAAAUUUAACAAUUUUUAAGAAGAAAAUAAAAAAAUAGGGAUAUAUACUGAAAAAAAAAAACAACGUAGACAAAGCACCCUCAUAAAAUACACUGAAAAGUUGUGUCAACGUAAAGCAAAGAGAGAAAAAGCUGGUGCAGCAGCAGCACUGUUGGCAGACAGAAAACAACAUCGUACGAAAAAGAACGUAAACAGAGAAACUAACUCAUUACGAAUUCUAAACAUGGAUGAUACUAGUAUACAGGACAAGGAGCGCUAUGCCAGCCGCGAAAACCAUUGUGAGAUUGAGCGUAGAAGACGUAACAAAAUGACGGCUUAUAUUACAGAAUUAUCGGAUAUGGUGCCCACUUGCAGUGCUUUGGCUAGAAAACCGGAUAAGCUAACCAUUUUGCGUAUGGCCGUCGCACAUAUGAAGGCUUUGCGAGGUACUGGCAACACCAGCAGUGAUGGCACCUAUAAACCUUCAUUCCUAACUGAUCAGGAGUUAAAGCAUUUGAUUUUAGAAGCAGCAGAUGGUUUUCUAUUUGUAGUGUCUUGUGAUUCAGGACGUGUAAUCUACGUGUCCGACUCAGUGACACCAGUAUUGAAUUAUACCCAAAGUGAUUGGUAUGGCACAAGCCUGUAUGAUCAUAUACAUCCGGAUGACCGUGAGAAGAUAAGAGAACAGUUAUCUACUCAAGAAUCGCAAAAUUCUGGACGAAUUUUAGAUUUGAAGUCGGGCACGGUUAAAAAAGAAGGUCACCAGUCGUCCAUGCGCUUGAGUAUGGGCGCUCGCCGUGGUUUUAUUUGCCGCAUGCGUGUGGGUAAUGUCAAUCCAGAAUCAAUGGUAGCGGGUCAUUUAAAUCGCUUGAAGCAGCGCAAUUCCCUGGGUCCUUCUAGGGAUGGCACAAAUUUUGCUGUUGUCCACUGUACGGGUUAUAUAAAAAAUUGGCCACCCACUGAAAUGUUUCCCGGUGUACACAUGGAGAGACCAGAUGAUGACAUGCAUGGUUCCCACUGUUGUUUAGUGGCUAUAGGACGUUUACAGGUCACCUCCACGGCCUCAACAGAUAUUUCAAAUUCGAACAAUCAAUCAGAGUUUAUUACACGUCAUGCGGUCGAUGGCAAAUUCACCUUUGUCGAUCAACGUGUUAUGAAUAUUUUGGGUUAUACACCACCAGAGCUGUUGGGUAAAAUAUGCUAUGAUUUCUUCCAUCCCGAAGAUCAAUCUCAUAUGAAGGAAAGUUUUGAACAAGUACUCAAACAAAAGGGACAAAUGUUCUCUUUAAUGUAUCGCGCCAGGGCCAAGUCUGGUGAAUAUAUUUGGUUAAGAACUCAGGCUUAUGCUUUCCUCAAUCCCUAUACCGAUGAAGUGGAAUAUAUUGUUUGUACCAAUAGCUCAAAUAAGUCUUCAUUACAUUCGGGAGGUGCCGGAGGAGCUCAUGAUAACAACAAUCCCGAACAAGCGGAACAUGUUUAUGUAACUCCUGGAGUGGAUUAUACUCUACAAGCUAGACGUGAUGUUACACCAUCGGCAGGAGGUCCUGAUCCCAAUAUGUAUGCUGCACAUAAUAUGCUGGCAGCAGGUGGAGCUCCACCACCCCACUUGGGCCAGCCAAAUACACAGCAACCCCCUAAUGUACAAAGACCAGCUUCAACACAAAAUCCCAUACCUUACACGUACGACACUACACACUCACCUUUAGCUUAUAAUACGGCUCCGGGAGGCCCGUCGCCAAAUACAGCUCAUAUGGCUAAAAUACCCAAAGCCAAUACUUCACCCACACCCCAAACAAGCAAUUGGCCACUGAGACCACCGCCGCCGCAGCAACAGCAGCAACCAGUUACUGAGGGAUAUCAGUAUCAGCAGUCUAGCCCGGCCAGAUCACCCAAUGGCCCUACAUAUACCCAAUUAAGUGCAGGUAAUACACGUCAAGCGCCCACAUAUCAAACGGCCCCCACUAAUGCAGCUCCCACGGCCAUGUGGGACUGGCAAAAUGCCCAACAUCCAGCCCAUGUCGCCCACCCACAUCCUGCUGUUCAUCCUCACUCACAUCCCCAUGGUGCACAUCCGCAUGCCCAUGUCCCGGGCCAGGGACCACCGCAACAAGAGAUCAAUGAUAUGUUACAAAUGUUUGAUCAAAGUGCAGCUGGAACAUUUGAGGAUCUUAAUAUAAAUAUGUUUAAUACACAAUUUGAAUAAGAUGAAGCCUCUACAACAAACAACAAGUAGUUAAAGUAAUGUAUUCAUAAUUGAGAAACGAACAAAAUAUUUAAUUACACAAAAAUGGCAAAUAUAGAAUUUAAGAAUUUCAUAAAACUAAGAUUUAAGUAAAAAUGAUAAAUACACACACAUCGUUUAUUCACAUUUGAAAACAACAUUAAUUGGAAUUGUAAGAUUAGCUAAAAAAACUAUAAAGAGAGAAAAAAAUAACACAAGUUAUUAGUUUCGUUUAGAAAUUGUAGCUCUUCUACUUAUUCAACGUUAACUUUAUAUUCAUAGCUAGAUUAAAAAAUAUACUUAUAAUAAUACUACUUAUUAUUGUCUGCAAAGACAUAUUCAUAAUACAUUCAACAUUUUACGCUAUUUUUUAACAAACAUCCAACAAUUGUGUAAGUUAUUAAUCUGUAAAAUUAUAUCUUAAAUAUAUUGAAGAUUUUGCAUUUUUUGGACAAAA